AUGGUACCGAUGAUUGAAGACGACGACGAUAUUCCACAGCUUUCGGGCGACGCCCUAGCAGCGCUUCAACAAUUUUACGGCGAGCGGGAUGAACGUGCAAAGCAGUUUGAAGAUCUGAAAGCCAAGGCGGAAGAUGACUUUGAUGGAAAACUGUCCAUGGAUGUAUUCACAGAAGAUUGGAACGCAAGUCAGUUCUGGUACAGUGACGAGACUGCCACGGUCCUUGCGAAGCAACUUCUGGAUGGCGCUACCGAUGGGACGAGAAUCGCAGUUGUAUCAGCGCCCAGCGCUUUUAUACAGCUAAAGAAUUUGAUCAACUCAGGUGAAGUCCCAUGUCGGCCGCAGAUCAAACUUCUCGAAUUCGACGAACGCUUUGCGGUCUUCAAAGAGUUUGUCUCAUACGACUUUGAGAAAGCGAUCCAGCUACCGCCUGAACUCAAAGGCUCGUUCGAUGCUAUCAUUUGCGACCCGCCAUUUCUGAGUCAAGACUGCCAGACUAAAGCCGCUCUGACUGUACGAUGGCUGGCCAAGUCAUGGUCACAAGACUCGUUUCGUCUUAUUGUCUGCACUGGAGAGCGCAUGGAGAGUUUGGUCACCGAGAAACUCUACGGCAAAGUAGGAUUGAAGACUACAGACUAUGAGAUUAUACACGCGAAAGGUUUGAGCAACGAGUUCAGGUGUUAUUCCAACUUUGAAUCCGAAGCAUGGAAGUGGAAAUCAUCAUGA